AUGGAGGAGAAAGAGGGGGAAAAGACGGAAAAGGCAGAAAAGGCAGAAAAGGCAGAAAAGGCAGAAAAGGCAGAAAAGGCAGAAAAGGCAGAAAAGACAGAAAAGACUGAAAAGACCCGACGAGUCACGACCAGACGUCUCCCAACACCUGGUGCAGCUGCCGCAGGAGUCAGGAGUCAGUGCCGCCGGCACUGCCAAGGGGCCAAGAAAAUGGGGGCCGAUGGGCCAAAUCGACGGCGCAAAUCGACCAGGAACCAGCUCGGAUCCGGUGGGGCGCGUGGGGGCUGUGCUGGUCUCCGUAUCUCGCCCAAAGAGGCUAGCCCCGUCAGGGGCAUCGACGACGUAAUUGUGGGUCCGUCCCUUGGCCUGGCGCCUUCCUUUGCUUAUUGCUACAUAGGAGCGCAGCCAUGUUGGGUUGCCGCCGCGCUGCUUCAUGGCCUUGACAUCCACGCAGAGAGCACAUGGAUUCUUCACUGCCCAGGCCCGAGCACAGAGGCUUCUUGCACCUGCGGCAUUUUGUUUUGCUUCCGCAGCCCGCUCAUGAGUCCAGAUUUCGAGCCCCGGAUGACGGAUGACGGAUGA